CCGUGCUGUGACGGCGGAGGGGUGAAACACAGGAAGUGCACGCGCAUAAGCAGAGUGUGCAGUAAAUAUCACAGAAUAAAUACUGUUAGGGAUAUUUAUUCAUAUUUGUUGGGGGAAAAUGCCACUUCUGACUCAAAACAAACGAAUCGACCGUGUAAUAUCAACAACUGAACUAUUCUCGAAGUAUUCCCAUUUAAAGGAAAAUGCCAAAACAUUUCGCUCCAGACCCAUUGUGACAGUGGAUCCAAAGUGCCUGCUUUAUGUCCAACAGCGGGAAUUUGCAGCCACAAUCCCAGCAGACGGCUCCGUUUCAGUUAUUGGCUCUGAAGACGCAACAACGUGUCACUUAAUAGUUCUACGCCAUACAGGAAGCGGAGCGACUUGUCUGGCUCACCUUGAUGGCUCGAGCACACGGACUGAAGUCCCUCUCUUGGUUAAUGCGGUCAUGGCAUUAAGCAACCCAGUGAAAGCAGGCAGGUUAGAGCUUCAUCUCAUUGGGGGGUUUGAUGAUGACAAUAAGACGUCACAUAACCUCAGCCGGGAGAUUUUGGUGGCGUUUCAGAAACAAAAGGAAGAAAUUCACCUGGAAACUUGCUGCAUUACUGAUAUGAAUGAUGUCGUGACGGAUGGGAUUCACAGACCAAUUAUCUACGGAAUAGGUGUGAAUGUUAAAACGGGUGAGGUUUUCCCAGCUGCGUUUCCACACAAAGGACCUGCCGAGGAUUUGAGGUCAGCACGUAGCUUCACGGGUGGACAGAUAGCUAAUGUGUACGACUCUAGUAAAGAGCAGCUGAAGAUCUGCCCAUGCAGGUGGCCACCUAGCACAGACCUCGCCUUCUGGCUGGAUCAAGAUGACGAAACGAUCUUACAGUACCUGUCUACAUCUCCUUAUGCUGAGCCCCCUCAUUUCGUCCAACACAUCAAGUCUACAAUCCGCUUCCUGCUGGAACACCCGAACACCGGCGCUCUGUUUCCCGGAAACCAGCCACAGCUCUUCCAGCGAUCGGCGCAGGGAGAGUGGCAGAGAGUCUGCCCUUAACUCUGAUCUCUGCCCUUAACAAUCAACAGCACUGUGACCCAACCAAAGGCCUUUGCAAGAAGCCAUGUUACUCUUUCAUGUUAAUCCUUUUCUCUUAGGACGAUCAGUUCAAGGGGUGUUUGGUUGAGACUUGGAUUAACACAAAAGAGAAACUUCUACUCAGAACAUGGGGAUUACUUAAAGUAUGCCUCAGUUCAAGUCUUAGAUAUUGUACAGAACUAAAAUACCCCUUUAUGGACUCGUUUUAUACAGCGUACAGUGAUGGAAAAGUGUAUUAUGUUACUUGAUUUUCUCUGAUCUGUAUCACAAAUAUGCUGGGGCAUGUGAAUGGAGGUAUAUCCUUCUUGAGUUAUGAAGAAAAAGUGCUGCAUAUUCUUCCGAAAUCGUACAGUUUUAACAAAUUCAAUGUGUAAUAUACUGUACAUUCAGAUUGAUAUCACAGUGGUUCUUAAUUGGUUUACAUUUAAAGGAAUCUGCUCUCUCAGAAAAUAAAGUACAUUAUUUUUUUCGCCGUUGGUUUCCAUCAAAUCCUGCGCUCUGAUUGGCUGGCGAGCGGGUCCGUGACCGGGGUCCGGACCCAAGUUAUGGACCCCGGUUACGGACCUCUGGCGACUUGCUCGUUCACAACAACAAACAUAGUAGCAUUUUUUGUCAACAUUUAUUUUCGCAUUUCUCAGAAUAGCAUUAAUUUUACAGCAUGGAUAGCGAUAACGACAGUGUUCACAGCGGAAGCGAGUUUUACUACCCUGAGGAAGAAGAAAUAAAAGAAAACAUUUCAGGAGAAAGCUAAAAACCUAACUUGCUAACGCUGAGCAAAAAACCAUGGCUGAACCCUGAAUGACUCAAUUUUGUAUAAAUAGGGGACUACAUAGGCAGCAAAAUGUAGUUUUUUGUUUUUUGUUUUUUUUUUCCUGCCAUGGAAGUGCACUUGUAUACCGAGGAGAAAGCAAUUUGCAUUACAGCCGUGAUUGAGGAUUCAAAAUGGCGGCUCGGCUCGGUUUUCCCUUUUGGGCACUCUCAUUUUCUGUUUAGAAUUUGGUAAAGAAAAAAAUAUAUUAUUUACCAGCUGAAGGUCGGUCCGUAUGGUGAAAUACCGUGACCUCGGCCUUGAAUACUGACCUCGGCCCAGAGGGCCUCGCUCAGUACUUUCAAGACCUCGGUCACGGUAUUUCACGAUACGGACCUCCCAGCUGGCAAAUAACAUAUAUUUACUGUACCUUUAGGGGUACAGCAGCUUGUCACUGGGGCAGUAACCUCUAAAGUACUUAUUUGUAUCUUUUAUAUACUGUUUUUAGGGAUGUACUGUAUAUGUACCUUUUUGGCCUAUAGUUACCUUGAGGUCCAAUAAUGAGCCUGAGGGGGUACAUUAGUGUAGCUUGUAACGGACUCCUACUGUACCCUUAUUUCUGAUAGUGUGGUGUUUCCUGUUUACAACCUGCCUUCAGACUUCCAGCCUUUUACUGUACUAUUUAUUCUGUAUAAUACAUUGAAACAGUUAGAAAGUUCUCAUAAUUUUAGAUUGAGACUGGGGGGGGAGAUAAUAAUAAAUGAAGACCAAUACUGAACUAUGGUGAUAUUUCAUAACAUUUCCUGCAAAAGGACAUUUGUUAAAGGAAUAGUUUAUCUCCGAAGUGUUUCCUGUUCAAAGGUUGUUUCUUUUCAUUUUGCAGUGGAACUAAAAAGUAUUGGAAACCUAUCUCAUGCUGGGUUUAGUGUGUUAGAUUGACAUGUCCCAAAUUGGGAGUUAGAAAUGUGGCUCUGAACGGGAACAGGUAUGUCAUUGCGUGAAGAUUCCUUUUCUGGAAUUUUCCCACGCACCUUCCGAGACACAGAUGCAACCAGACAAAGUAUGAAGGAAAAUAAAUCAUCUGCAGCGACAAAAAA